AAAAAAUCUACAUUCGUCCUUCUUACGAAAGUAAAUUUUGCUGGCUGUUAUUUGUUUAUUUAUUUUUUAAUGAUGAAACAACAGCUUACAUAGGCCUACUCAAAAGGCUUCCAUUCCAUAUGGUAGUAGUAGAGUUUAUGGUUUGUGGAAGGAAGAUCAGCUGCAAGGUGAAGUACUGAAUAUCCUUAACAGAGUUAACUCUACAUGGCCACAAUUCCAAUUUUUGACGGUACCAACUACGAGUUUUGGAGUGUGAAGAUGAGAACUCUGUUUUUAUCUAAGGGUUUGUGGGAUACGGUACAGGAUGGGUACAACCAUGAGGCUAAUGAACAGAAGGAUGCUGCAGCUCUUUCUCACAUCCAGCAAGGCGUCUCAGACUGGAUCUUUCCAAGUAUCAAGGAUGCUACAACAGCCAAACAAACUUGGGACAUUCUCUCCAAAUUAAAUACUGAGAAUGUAAUAAUACCCAUAGACCUGAGGCAAACAGGGGCAAACCAUUUGAUAGUGGCUACACUUGUAGCAACUAUGGCCUUUACUGCUGGUUUCACAAUGCCCGGUGGAUACAAUGGCAACGAUGGCCCAAACCAAGGUAGGGCGAUUCUAACAAGAGAAGCAGCUUUCAAAGCUUUUAUGGUAACAGAUGCCAUGGCCAUGUCAUUAUCCUUUUCAGCGGUGCUCAUCCACUUCUAUGUGACUAUUAUUGACAAUCGGGAUGAAGUAAGGAAGCUAGUUGAUAUAGCUGCUUAUCUUCUUAUUUAUGCUGCGAUUGCAAUGGUGUUGGCAUUCGCUACGGGGACAUAUGCUGUCUUAGCACAUUCAUCUAGCCUUGCUAUUUCAGUUUGUGUUAUCGGCUGCCUUUCCCUAUUAGUUUUCACGAAUACCGACAUCACGGAAAAAGUUGGUGAUGCAUUCGUAAAAGCCGUUCAAUUCAAUACGGAAAAAGUUGGUGAUGCAUUCGUAAAAGCCGUUCAAUUCAAUUAUUAUUCAUUCGUAAACGCCAUUAAAUCUAGAGCGGGUACCGAAGAAACCAAAGGAAACACCAAGGUGUUGGAAGGCAACAUUCAGCCCUGAUUAGCUUGAAGCGUGCCAAAGUUCCAUGAACCAUUUUUCUGAGUUUCUAGUUUUUCUCUAGUUUUUUUUUUAUUUUUUUAUUUGUGUACUAAGACAAAGUUUUAAGUUUGACUGGAGUUAUAAUUUAAGAACUUUUAGUUUUUGUGUUGUUAAU